AUGGUGGCUGUCACCUUCAGAACAGCCCCUAAGGCCAUGGGAAAGAACUCUGAAAACGUGAGUUCAAGAAUACGUAAAUCGGUACUGUCAUUACAAGGAUCUGUGAUAUUUAAAGAUGUGGCUGUGGAUUUCACCCAACAGGAGUGGCACAGAUUGGACCCUACCCAGAGGAAUAUGCACAAGGAUGUGAUGCUGGAGACCUACAGUCACUGGGUGAGAAUGAGUUUCUGCGUGGCCAAACCAGACAUGAUCUUCAAGUUGGAGUGGGGAGAAGAACUGUGUCUAUUAGAAGAGGAAUCCUCAGGCCAUGCUUACUCAGGUGAAUUGUCUUUACUGUGUGGCAACAACAGCUACAGUGUACUUACAUAUAAUAAAUAAAUAAAUCUUUAAAAAAAAAAGAAAAAAAUUGUUUUAAAAAGAAAUGUUGGUUAUAAUAGAUGUGAGGAAACCUUCCAUGAAGAAACAAGCUUUGUUUGACAGCAAAGGAUUCCUACCGGAGAUAAAAACUUUGAAUGACAUGAAUAUGGAAAAAUGCACUGUAGGAAAUCUAACUUUGUUGAGCACCUGCAAACCCACACAGGAGAGAGGCCCUAUGAAUGUGGUGAAUGUCCAAAGACCUUCAGUGCAAGAUCCAACUUCAUUGCUCAUCAGAAAACUCACACAGGAGAGAGGCUCUUUGAAUGUCAUGAAUGUGGGAAAUCUUUUGGCAAAAAGUCACAACUCAUUCUACACUACAGAACACACACGGGAGAGAGGUCCUAUUAAUGUACUGAAUGCGAGAAAACCUUUUCUGAGAAGGCAAUCCUCACAAUCCACCAGAGGACCCACACUGGUGAGAGGCCUUAUAAAUGCAAUGAAUGUGAUAAGAUAUUUUGUGUCAAGAUACUCCUUAUCCAAUACCUAAGAACUCACAUGGGGGAGAAAUCCUGUGAAUAAUGGGACUGUGGGAAAAACUUCUGUGCCAAGAAAUCCCUAAACCAGCAUCAAAGAAUUCACACAGGUGAGAAGCUCUAUGAGUGUGGAGACUGUGGGAAAUUCUUCCGAAUCAAAAUGACUCUCAGUAAUCAUCAGAGAAGCCACACAGGUGAAAAGCCCUAUCAUUGUAGAGGGUGUGCGAAAGCCUUCAGGGUACACUUGUCUCUGGGACUCCAUCAGAGAAUCCAUCCCAGAGAGAAGCCCUAUGAAUGUAACAAAUGUGGGAAUGCUUUCUAUAUGAUAGCCUGGCUCAUUGAACACCAAUGUAUGCAUUCAGGAGAGAACCCCUAUGACUGUGGGAAGAUCUUUAGCAUGAAAAAAUCCCUUUGUCAACACAGGAGAACUCACACUGGUGAGAAGCCUUAUGAAUGUCAUGAGUGUGGGAACACUUUUUAUGUGAAAGUGUGCCUCAUUGAGCCUCAAUGAAUUCAUAAAGGAGAAAGGCCUUUUGAAUGUCAGGAAUGUGGAAAGGGCUUCUGUUGGAAAGCCCACCUCACAGAACACCAGCGAACUCACUUGGGCCAAUCCUUGCUUUGUGCAUUGGAGAAAAAAUGUGCUUUGCAUGUUCUGCUUGAUUAG